UUUUGCUUGGAAGUGACUGCCAGAAUUAGGUGUAGGUGUUAUUUGCAAGUUAUCUCUAUUAAUAUGCAAUUUUUUAUUUGAAAUCUCUGUUAUUUGCUUCUUUGGAUCUUAGGUUAGGGAUCUCAAGAUGGAAGGACCAAAAAAUGGCUCACUUAAAAGUAUGCAACUCACCGUCUUUUUAAAGGCUUGAACAGUUCCUUUCUAAAUUUGCUUACAUUCAAGAAAAGGAUUAAUAUCGUGGAAUCUUUCAGUAUCCAGUAUUACAAAGAUGGCACUACUGAAAGUUAAAUUCAGCCAGAAGAAAAGGGUAAAAUUAGCUCAAGGACUAUGGCUCAUGAACUGGUUUUCAGUGUUUGCAGGAAUAAUUGUUUUUAGUAUGGGAUUGUUCCUCAAAAUUGAGCUCCGGAAGCGAAGCGAAGUAAUGGACAAUUCUGAAAGCCAUUUUGUGCCCAAUUCUUUGAUAUUGAUGGGUGUAUUAGCCUGCGCCUUCAAUGCCCUUGCUGGCAAAAUUUGCUAUGAUUCUCUGGAUCCAACAAAAUUUGCAAAGUGGAAGCCUUUGCUGAAACCUUACCUGGUGUUAUGUUUCUUAUUUAACAUCUUCAUUUUUUUCAUUGCUCUGAUUUGCUUUCUCACGAGGGGCUCUCUGGAGACAACAUUAGCACAUGGGCUAAAGAAUGGCAUGAAGUUCUACAGGGAUACUGAUACCCCAGGAAGAUGUUUCAUGAAGAAGACAAUUGACAUGCUCCAAAUUGAGUUCAGAUGCUGUGGAAACAAUGGUUUCAGAGACUGGUUUGAGAUUCAGUGGAUCAGCAACAGAUACCUGGAUUUUGGCUCCAAAGAAGUGAAAGAUCGAAUUAAAAGCAAUGUGGAUGGAAGGUUCUUGGUUGAUGGAGUCCCCUUCAGUUGCUGCAACCCUAGCUCCCCAAGACCCUGCAUCCAGUACCAAGUUACUAACAACUCGGCUCACUACAGCUACGACUAUCAAACAGAGGAGCUCAACUUAUGGAACCGUGGCUGCAGGGAGGCACUUCUUCACUACUACAGCAGCAUGAUGAGCUCCAUGGGCGGGGUUGUCCUCUUUGUCUGGCUUUUUGAGGUGUCUGUGAUGGUUGGUUUGCGUCUUUUGCACACUUCUCUGGAAAGCAUCACAAAUCCUGAAGAUCCUGAAUGUGAAAGCGAGGGGUGGCUCCUGGAGCAGAGCCUGAAAGACACUUUCAAAUCUACACUAGAAAGUUUGAAAAAGAUUGGUAAGUUCAAUCAGGUGGAUGCAGGCGCUGAAGGAGCUGAAGGUGAGGAAGGUGGAAAGACACCAGCUAUCUCAACUGUCAGUUGAGCUUCUUGACUGAUGUGGACUUUAUCAAAGAGAAAUGAAAAACUGAGAAUUGUGAAUACAUUCUUUAGAAAACUGUAUAAACCAUUAAAAGUAUACAUUUCUACAAACUUUUUUAUAUGUGGGGUAUGCUAUAUAGUGCAAAAACACGUAUCUUCCUAGUGAGUAUCCACUGUCUCCAUAACUUCUAUGGGAAAUGUCCAAAAUUAGGGUUUUAAGGCUCCAUACUCAAUUGUUAGAGACUAUUAUGUCUACACGACAGUUAAUAAAACUUCAGAAGUUUUUUUUUUUAAUUGGCUGGCAAGCUUUUUGGUUCUUUCUGUAUAUUUGGAUCAUUGGAAAAAAAGACAAUUUGAAAAGUUAAUCGUUUUUUACUCAAAUUUAUAAAUUUGAGCAACAUACCACAAUGUUUAAAGUUCAAGGGCAAAUGGGUUGGGGAUCUGUCAAGUAAAAUCUUUAUAAACAAACAUAAAGGAAUGAUUUUCAGAAAUGUAUAUCACUUUUAGGUUACCUGUUAUCACAGUCUUUGAGGCAACAUGAUAUUUGUUAAUAUGUUAAGAGAUGGUAUUUUCUUUCAUGUUCCAAGAUGGAAAACAGAUCAGAAGACAAAAUUGUACUGAGAAUUUAUGCUCUGUGUAAAAAUAGUAAUUAAAUAGAACAUUGCAAUUGAGAUGAAAAUAAUUUACGCUUGCGGUUUCUUAUAUUUUCAGCCAUAUAUCCUGAAUGGGUAUGGUAAACAUUGUAUUGAUUUUUUUAUUUAAACUAGCAGAGGCCUGAGGACUCCUCACUGAAUGGGUGAAAUUAUGCCAUCGUAUGCCAAUUAUGAUUAUUCUGUACAUAUAUUUAACAAUAUAAAACCUAAAUCUUUCUCUUAAGAAUUCAUGGCAACUAAUGCAUAACAAAAAUGGCACUUUGGAAAUUAACACUUGAAGCAUUAGAGGAGCUUUCCAAGUUAUUUACAAAUCCAUUCUCUUUGCUGACAAUUGGGGGGAGGGAGGCAUUAAAUCUGUACUAAGACCCUUGGAAAAAGAUGAAACUAAUCCAAUCUUAGGAAAAUGUAAUUUGCCAGAUUAUGGUCCUUCUAUUUGCCCUUACCACACCACAAAAGGUGCUAAGAGAGAGAACAUUUAGGUUGUCAUUUUAUUCUUUGUCAGCGACUUACUUCUAGUUGCAUUUUGAACGCACUGUAUACCACUCAAAAUAUGGUGCUAGCCAGAAAAACAUCAAUGCUCUAAGAAGUUAGAAUAAAACAUGGAAUGAAUUUGCUGUCGUGUCUGGGCCCUUGUAAAGGGAUAAGCUGGGGUAUUUGCUUGCACUGCUGCCCGGCAAGCCCAGCCAAACAGUCAAACUGCAGAUGGCAAAACCUAGUCUAACUCACAUUGUAGUAUAGCUACAGUUAUAAAGGAUCAUAGAAUCAUAGAAUUGGA